AUUGAGAGAGAGAGAGAGAGAGAGAGAGAGAGAGAGAGAGAGGGAGAAAAAAAUAAUGGCAUAGGGACCUGACAAUAGCAGAAGGUGAGAGUCCUGCCAGGAGAAGCUCAGCGUUCAUGUGACUGUGAACCAGACAGAUCGCUGACAGCUCCUUUACGCUUGUAUCUGCCCAGGUGUGUGUCCAGUCUGCAUGGGGUCAGGGAGUGCAUCCCGGACAUUCUCCGAUCCACUGCCGAUCCAAAACGAUUCACCUGGCAGCAGCGGGCCGAGGCCGGCUGUACCUGCAGAGCGAGACGUCUACACAUACUCCAGUCCGGGCUAGCCCUUUGACUCCUACAGAUUGAUCUGAUACCGAUCAAAGGAACUGGACUUGAACCCUUCCUAAUCUCCACCACCGGCUCCAGCCAUGGAGAAACAACUGGAGGAGCUGAGGCAGCAGCUGGAGAAACAGUGUCAGAUCAACCAGGAACUGAAGAGGCAGAACAAGGAUCUAGAGGAACGACUCCAGGAGAAAGAGAAGCUGUUGAGUGAAUAUGAAGACACAGAGUUUCCCUCCCAGAGCAGUAAUGAUGCGGCCCCCGAGGUCAGGAAGAGCCGCGCGGCCGUCAUGGCGCCCGAGCCAAUCCCUGAGGGCCUGCAGAUCACCCGCACACGGGUCAAGAAGACCGCCAGCGAGACCAACCUGAUCGUCAAGGCGAUCCAGAAGAACGACUUCCUGAGCCGGCUGGAUGACGAGCAGACGGCCAUGAUGGUGGACCUGCUGGUGUCACAUGACUUCAGUCCCGGGCAGGAGGUCAUAGCAGAGGCCUCUGAGGGGGACACCAUGUACAUCGUGGCAGCGGGGGAGCUUGUCGUCACCCAGGGGGGUCGACAGCUCAGAUCCCUGAUGUGCGGCGAUGUCUUCGGUGAGCUGGCCAUCUUGUAUAACUGCAAGCGCACGGCCACGGUCAAAGCCAAGUCUGCGGUGCGGCUGUGGUGCAUGGAGAGGCAGACGUACCGGACCAUCAUGACCAACAAGUCCAAGAAGAAACGGGAGGAGCUACUGGGCUUCCUGAAGACGUCCAGAACUCUGAAGGACCUGAACGAUAUCCAGCUGUCUAAGAUCAUCGACUCCAUGGAGGAGGUCAAGUUCCAGGACAAGGACACCAUCGUGCGAGAAGGAGCGGAGGGAAACACCUUCUACAUCAUCCUCAAAGGCGAGGUUCUGGUUUCGAAGAACGUGAACGGCUCUCAGAAGCAGAUCCGCCGGAUGGGGAAGGGAGAGCAUUUCGGGGAGCAGGCCCUCAUCAGGGAGGUGAGGAGGACGGCUACGUGCACGGCCGACGGCCCGGUCACGUGUUUAUCCAUCGACAAAGAGGUGUUUGAGGAGACCAUCCCUGUGGAACACCUGGAGCUUUUCGAUGAUACCAAAGUGCUGCAGGAGGCUGAAACUCCAGAGAACCACAGUCUCCACACGUCCCUGAAGUUCAAAGACCUGGUCCCGGCCUUGUACCAGGAGGGCCGCUACCAGGGAGAGGCUGUCACGCUAGGAGUGGGGGGCUUCGGCCGCGUUAGCCUGGUUACCUCCGUGAAACACGGGAAAUACUACGCCAUGAAGCGCGUCAGCAAGAUGCACAUCGUUGCCAAGCGACAGGAGGAGCACAUGCUGUUCGAGAAGAAGAUCCUGAAAGCAAUCCAGUGCGACUUCAUCGUCAGGCUCCACGGCGCAUUCAAAGACUCCCGCUACAUCUACAUGGUCAUGGAGUUCUGCAGUGGAGGGGAGCUGUGGACCAAGCUCAAAGAAGUAGGGCGUUUCGACGAGCCCAUCGCAGUGUUCUGCGCGGCCUGCGUGGUGGAGGCUUACGCGUACCUCCACAAAAAGAACAUCCUCUACCGAGACCUGAAGCCAGAGAACCUCAUGAUGGACUCCAGGGGCUACGUUAAGCUGGUGGACUUCGGCUUCGCCAAGGACAUGGUGCGGGGGGAAAAGACCUACUCCUUCGUGGGGACCCCAGAGUACAUGCCCCCCGAGAUCAUCAAGAACCAGGGCCACGACUUUGCUGUGGACUUCUGGUCCCUGGGUGUCCUCAUCUAUGAGCUGCUGGCUGGAAGCCCCCCCUUCUCAAGCUCAGAGCCCCAGAAGAUCUACGCCAAGAUCCUAGAUGGAGUCAUAAAGUACCCACCGUACCUGAACGAAGCGGCCAAGUCUAUCAUCAGCAAGCUGUGCAGGCCCAGGCCGGGUCAAAGACUAGGAAACACCAAGAAUGGCAUCAAAGAUGUUCGCCACCACAGGUGGUUCAGCACGAUGAACUGGCACAAGCUGCGCGUGGGGCAGGUGGAGGCGCCCACUGUACGCCUGGUCCGCAAGGGUCCCUGCUACAUCAACUUUGACCGUUUCCCCAGCGACCAGACUAAGGCGGAUGAGGAGUUUUCUGGUUGGGAUAAAGACUUCUAACAACACUCCCUCCGCCCGACCGUGGAACCAUACCUCCGUCACUCCUCUGAUUUCCUCUGGGAUCUGCAUAUUUUCUACGGAUCUAUCGAGCGAUCGUCUACGUUCUACAUCUGUGCCUGGACAUUGGGUCAAAUAUGUGUAUAAAGUCAGAUUGUUUUAUUGGAAGAGAUUAAAAUGUGUAAUAUUCCUUCUUGUCAUUGAAUGUGCGUAACAAAUAUAAAACAG